AUGGGUAAAGCUGGAAGCAAAACAAAAAGUCUCUCUAAAAGCAAAAAGAACAAUAUAAAUGAUUUCCAAUUAUUGUUAAGAAAUCGAUUCUACGAAAUAGCAAAUGGAGAAUCAGCCAUUGAUAAAUCUGUCUUCUUUAAAUAUACUGAAUCAACAAUUUGCCCUCAAUUACAAUCAUUCAUAUAUGAUUCACUAAGUAAACCGGAAAAUGUUAUUAGAAUGGAACGUUUUACACAAUUUGCCGAAAUGAUACUUGGUGAUUUCAAUCAGCAAGCAAAAGUUCUCUUACAACUGAACCAACCGAUCAACAAGAUUAUAGAGGCUAUAAUUUCGUCAUUUUUUGAAUGUGAACAAUUGGAUCCACAAAGUAUCACACUUCUCGUUGAUUUUCUCAUGGAACGCAUUCCAUUACAAUUGGAUUCAUCCGCCUUAAGUAACUUUAUGCAAAGCCAUAUUAUCUUACCGAAUAUAAUCAAACAUAUCAGUGAGUUGACCUUUAUGGAAAGGCAAAGCAGUCCGAAACUUUUGCUACAGGUUAGCAAAAACUCGUUGCUUACCCCUGCUGCACUGUGCCUUAUAUAUGCGAAUUUACCCGAAGAAUUAAGAGAUCGAUGGACGCUAUUAUUUUCAAGUGAAAAACACGGCGAAAGUUUCAUGAAACUAGUAAAAAGUGUGGACCGUGCAGGUCCAUGUUUAAUUGCGAUAGAAACAACAUCCGACUAUGUCUUCGGCGCAUUUGCUAGUCAGGGGUUUGUUUGUGGCCCACGACAUACCGGUGAUAAUCAAUGCUUCCUGUUUAAAGAUCGACAAAAGCUGCAUAUUUAUAGUGCCACGGGUUACAACAACAAUUUCGGCUAUCUCAAUUAUGGCCAAGUGUCAAUGCCAAAUGGAAUCGGUAUGGGUGGUCAGGGUAAAGAUUGGUCCUUCUUUCUACAUCAAGAUUUCAAUAAUGGUAGUUCCACUUCUGGAAUAAGUACAUUUGAAAAAUGUUGGUUGGCCGGUGAAACAACUUUUAAAAUGAAAAAAGUUGAAAUAUGGUCAAUUGGAGAAAAAUGCAAGAAAAUAAUAAACACUGAAAUGCAGAAUAAGUUGGACCAGCAACGUGCGUUAGUAAAUAAAAAAGAAACACGUAUAUUACUUGAAAUGAGUGGUAAAGAAUUCUGUGGUGAUUCAUUUAAUGAAUAA